AUCAAAGUCGUCGAGCAACCACCCUAAAGGCGUUGCAACGCAUGCUCGUGUCAUUGCAGUAUGUUCUCUGGACAAGCAGCACACAACGGUUGCCUUUAGAAGUGAUGCAGUCUGUACUGCAAGUGGCAGUGAUGCCCGAGUACCUGUGUGUUACGUUCCAGAAUCCCAAGCAGAGGUUGAACACGGUCCAUAUGCCUGUGGAGCGAGCACAAGUACAAGUUGAUUAUCUUGGUAUUCUUCACGACCGCCUACGAAACGUAACGGCAGAUGACGCUCCCACAGGUCGUGCAACUCUUCGUCUAUACGUCUGGGGUAGGCCGAGAGAUUGUCGUAAAGAAAGGACCGAGAGCACCAGGAUAGGAAAACAUUGUAAUACAUUGCCUGUGGACAGGAGUGAUGAAUGAAUGUAUAGAAUCUGAUACGAUAAAGCCCAAGUCAAACAUAGCAUCAAGUCUUCCUGUACUUCUGUGAUGCAGGUAAUAAGUGUGGCAGUGG